AUGAUAAAUUUGAAGGAAGCAUACAAAUGUUUGGCAUCACUUCCGGAUGCUGUUUACUGUCGAAAUGCAACUCGAAAGUCGGCAGUUCGAUGGGUUAAUGUUCAACAGUUUGUUAAUCAACUCCCGCUGGGCACAGUUGUCAUUGAUAUCGGUUGUGGUGAAGCGAAAUACCACAGAAACGAUUGUUUCUUUAUGGAUUGCGAUACAUGUUUAGAAAUGCUUGUGCAGUUGCAAUUACCGCCAAUGGUUGACUUGCAGUUAGCAGAUGCUCUAAAUUUACCGUAUAGGUCGAAUAGUAUUGAUGCUGCCUUAUUAGUAUCGGUUUUACACCAUUUUACAACGCUCGAUCGGAGGAAACGGGCGUUAACUGAAGUUGCACGAUGCUUACGACCCCGUGGUCAAGUAUUGAUAUAUGUUUGGGCAUUCGAACAACCAAAUGGGAAAUUCCCGUCACAAGACGUACUGGUGCCUUGCCAAUUGCAUCAUUGCGAUAGUAUUUCUCUCAGUGGUCACGAUAAGCCGGUCAAAUUCCAUAUGAAUUCAACUAGAGAAGAGCGUCUAAUAAGGGAUUCUAUAGCCGUGAAGUCUUUGGCAAAGAAUGCAACACAGCCUUCGCAUCUAUCGUUAUUUCAUCACAUUUAUAAAAUAUUCACAACCUCCUACAUACUAUCGCGACAUCUUCCGUCAAUUCUUCUCAACGAAUUCACAACAAAACGCAAUUUUAACACACUGAUAACAGGCAAUCUGCGAAGCCUUAUGAGAUAUUAUGAAAUUGAACGAUUUUCAAUGGGAUUUGUGAAACGCAUCAUUGAAAUGGCUUUAGCGGAAGUGUUAUGCAUUAAACAACGUUAUAAUUCAUAUCGAUUUUAUCAUGUUUUUAAGGAAGAUGAACUGAAAGCUCUGAUAACAAUGACACCAUCAUUGCGGCUAGUACAUUUAGCUUACGAACAUGCAAACUGGUGGGCAAUUGCCGAAAAAGCUGAUUCCUUCUCGUAA